AGCCGGGAUGAAGAGCAGUGGGACAAGAGGAAGUCAGUCAGUGUGAGGAGGAGGAGUAGACCAGCGGGCCACCAGGACAGUCCAUGAGCUCUUAGGACACUUUUUUUCUCUGCUUGUUGGGGAUCCCGCCAUUCAACAGCCAGGAUGGCUCGGGAUAUGUCCGAUAAAGAAAUCCUGAAAAUGGAGCUGGACCAGCUGAAGAAGGAAGUAAGCACGCCAAGGACACCGGUGGGUGCCAACUGCACAGACACCAUUUCCUACGUGGAGGGGCUGCUGCCCAACGAUCCGCUCAUCAAGGGCGUCCCCGAUGACAAGAACCCCUACAAGGGCGACAAGGGGGGCUGCGUGGUCACAUAGCACAGUGGGAGCGUUUUCUACCAGAGGUUCCGGUGUAGAACUCCUGCAGAAGACGUGUACAGUAGCCGGUUCGGACGUGUUGGUUAGGUCAGCGGUGUGUACGUUAAUGUUUGUCAAUUUGUAAUUAAAUGCAAAUAGCGUCAACAAAAA